AAUGCUACUAGUUUCCAAGGGGAAGUGUCGUUUGCAAGCUUGUUAAAUAAAAGAGCCGCAGCCCCAGCAGCCGAGAUAAAGAAUUGCAGGAUGGGGAACCCACAGCCGCUGCGAUGGGACUAUAGAGCAGAGGAAUGAACCGCUGUUCGGACUGUAUGUGUGACAUAUCGCUAAGACGGAAAAGCACCGAGAAGAGAGAGCGGGUCUGCGGAACAGUUAUUUUUCCCCAGAAUCACAACGGUCCUCCUUUUUUGCAAGAGACAGCUACAGAAGAGAAAGUUGACCUGGUUGCCUUUGGAUGUUGCGGUGUAUCGGCUAUGGCACCAUGAAACAAAUUUAAGUUGAUGGAACCUCCACAGCACAUUAUAGUUAAUUGGUUGAAAAGAAGACUUUCGCCAAUGAACACGACGGAAUGACAACGGAAUUGCCUCUUUGACCACGGGAACAUGCCCUGGGAUACACCAGUUUUAAAAAUUACCCUUAAUAAUAUUAUUAUUUAUAUGUUGCUUUAAUCUGACCGACUGGUGUUAUGUAUCUUUUAUUUAUUUACAAGCGUAUGCGACUGAAGAAUUUUCUACCGAGGUAGCUCAUUCACUGUUUGUAAUUUAACUUAAUAAUUUUCUCCCUUCGUCUUCGAGCCCAAUGCUGUCUGUUGUUAGGAUGCUCGUUUUACAUGGUAUUAGAUUAUUCAGUACAGAAUUAGCAUUAUUUCUUAAAUAUAGUCACCUGUCAUCCCUAAUGUGUGUAUUUGUGUUUCAUGUUUGACCAUGUAGAAAAGAUAAACUUAAAAAAAAAAUGAAAUAGAUAUACGCACUAUGUAGGCCUAGUGUUUGUGCUAAUUAAAUGUUUCUAAUGUAAAUAUAGGCAGUGUAAUAAUAGUGUCCACAGUGUAAUAAUAGAAAGAAUUGCAGCAUUGUAUGUUUAGUUUGCGCAAUUGCUGUAACUUCAACCAUUAGUUGACAGGAGGGCAUUACUGCAUUAGGCUACCAUGCAGUGGCAAAAGGAUAGUUAUCGUACAAUUAAUACGUUAUUUAGAGAAAAAGGUGACAGCUUUCGCUUAAUUUUGAAGCAAAAAGUGCGUCUUCUCGAGUAAAAUUAUAGCCAACAGAACGUAUAACUAAAGGCUACUCGCGCGGAUAUAAGAAAGCUGUCGGCUUGUUGAUCGCAGGUUGCUAUUAACAGACGAAGGACGAAGGGCAAUAUAUUGAAUAUAUCUAUGAAAUGUAACGCCAAAAUGAGUAAUUACUUUUUGGCCUAUCUAUAAUGACGUUUCGCUGUACAAUGCAUGGUGCAAGGUGCGUUUCAAAGGCUGUGUCUUACAGCUGAAGACCAUUACAGGCUACUGCAUGCAUACACGCCAGUCAGUCGAUAGGCUUGCAACAUCUACUGCAACUGAUGGAGGAAGCCCACAGAAACGGAAAAGAGCGUUGCAUCAGAGCAAGCUGAACUCAAAACUAUACUUGCUGAGUUGCGAGUUGAUCAGUACGGGAACAUGCGCCUGUAAGCAACUUUAAGCUGCGCGCUAUCGGAAACCUACCACUUUUUUUUGUUAAUCUAUCGAUUACACAGUUGUUUGGAGGAUACAGAUUGCUACAUAUUUGAACCAGUAGUGCAGGCAUCUUCAGACUCCGCGGUAACUACAGGAUAGUUACCAAGAAGACUUUUUUGUGCGAAUAAUUUAGCGGGUGUGUUCACUGUGAAUUUAGCCUUCUGCAGUUUCCAUGCGUCCUUCACUUUCGGACACCUUGACUUUCUUUAGGAUCUUGCUGAUAAUUGAUGCGAUGGGCUGUAUCCAAAGUAUUAGUUGCAAGCCUAGGAGUUUCCGUGAAAGCAUCAUCGUUCUGGAAGUGAGCUCCUCCAUCGACUCCAACCCCACCAGCAUCGACGAGUCAUCCAACGUGGUUCUGCGAUACCGGACGCCGCACUUCCGGGCUUCGGCUCGCGUACUGGUUCUGCCAGUGGCCCGUAAAGAAACUUGGACCGUGGGCUGGAUCCAGGCGUGCAAUCACAUGGAGUUCUACAACACGUAUGGAAAUAGAGGAAUGUCAAGCUGGGAGCUGCCCGAUCUGAGAGACGGCAAGAUCGAAGCGAUCAGCGACUCGGACGGCGUCAACUACCCCUGGUACGGCAACACCACCGAGACCUGCACCGUGGCGGGGCCCACCCGGAGGGACACCAAGUUCACCGUCAGCAUGAACGACAACUUCUACCCCAGCGUGACCUGGGGGAUCCCGGUGGGCGACAGCGAAGCCUCGCAGCUCACCAGCAUCCGCCGGGACCAGAGCUUCACCACCUGGCUGGUGGCCCUCAACCAGGCCUCGGGCGAGACCGUGGUCCUCAAGACCGUCCGCUGGAGGAUGCGGCUGCACAUCCAGGUCGACCCGGACGAGCCGCUGGGCCGGCGGGCCCGCCUCACCGAGCCCCUGGCCCAGGAGCAGCCCGAGGUCCUGGGGCGGAACGAGCCCAUCCCGCACAACGCCACGGUCAAGCCCAACGCCAACGACGCCCAGGUGCUCAUGUGGCGGCCAAGGUUCGGGGAGCCCAUGGUGGUCAUCCCGUCCAAGUACUGACCGCCCGUGAAGGGGAACUGGAAAGACCAAGGGUCGAGGGUCGUUACGACACAUUUAAGGAGGACGUCCCCAUUUACAAGAGGAUCAAGCUGGACUUUCCGACUGGAAUCGAUCGACAACUCGCAACCAUUCUACCUUUAAAAACUGGGUCGGGUAUCACUGUGCAAAGCAAAAUCAUUGCAAAAACGAAAAACAAAAAAAAACCAACAACAACAACAACAAAAAAAAGAUUUUUUUUGCUUGCUUUUUAGGAGGAUUAUUAUACUUGCACGUGUGUCUGUGUGUACACGGGCUACGGAUAAGUACGCACACAUCUGCGGCCACACAAAGCAUUUCUUUAUGAGAAGGGAUGGAGUGAAUUUUUGUUUUCGGGUGAGAAGUAUUUUGAUCUAUGAUACAAACAUAAUAGGAAUGAGCAAAAGCAGAGGGAAAGUAGAGUUUUUUAAAAUGCGUAAGACACGGAUCCAUGCUGUCUUAAGUUUACAUUGCUUCUCGCUGCGAACGUUUUGAAGACGUUUUGUGAACGUUUUGUAGACGUUUUGCCUUAAACGGUGUGUAAUGUGGGAUUUGGUCCUCACACACUGCUAGAGGCUGCUGUUGCUGGUGGGUGGGGUGGGGUGGGUGGGUUUGGUGGGCACAGCGGGGGGGCGGGGGCUAGGGAGUGGUUGGGGGUGGGGGUGGUUGGAUUCGAGGCAGCGGAAGAAAGCAUCGUUCCGCUAGAAUACCCUCUUACCUCAAAAAAAGAUUAAAAGAAAUAUUGGCAAAAAUGCCCAGCAACAAAAUCCAGUGAAAAGACUGAGCACAGGGAUUCUGGAGGAGUGGUGUGCAGCUGCGCUAUGUUUAGUCACACACAGUAUUCAGUGCUCAGAAUGGCUUUCAGGCAUGAUAUCUGGGGUGGAGGGGAGGGGAGACAUGGGGGCGGAGCUGUGAUAAUCCCUCAGAAUUUCACCAAUAAGCAGCGUGUCCAUCACCAGCUGUGAAAAAAUGUCUUCCAUCUUUUUUUGUUUUUGCGUGUGCUGAUUUGUGGGGCACCCAGGCAAGGUGGCCCCCGUACCCCCGUAGGUGAGCUUUACACAUUUCCCUUCAGGGAGAGGUCCCUGAUUGGCUCGCUGGGCCUCAGCACCUCUCUAUAGAGAGGCCGCUGAUUGGCUCGCUGGACCUCAGCAGCUCACUAUAGAGAGGGCCCUGAUUGGCUCGCUGGGCCUCAGCACCUCUCUAUAGAGAGGGCCCUGAUUGGCUCGCUGGACCUCAGCAGCUCACUAUAGAGAGGGCCCUGAUUGGCUGGCCAAACCUCAGCUCCCUAUAGAGAGGGCCCUGAUUGGCUGGCCGAACCUCAGCGCACUCUGUGGAGGGGGCGCUGGCCAGGGCUCGCUGGAUCGAUGCAGUUAUUAAUACACAAUCAUACGAGCGCGCGUUCAAUGACUCCGCCGAGCCCGGCUGUUAUUAAUCAUGCCAGCCUCAGCCUGUGGCCCGCCGACCGCCGGUCAGAUAAAGGGCAGUGUUCGGGGUCCCCUGGGUCUGCUGCAGGACCCGCUGCCCGGCAGGGACGGGCGGAGGGAGGUGCAGACAGGCAGACAGACAGACAGACGGAUGGAGGGACGGAUGGACAGAGAUAACCAGACAGGCUGACAGGAAGAACAGACAGAUGGACAGGCACACACAGACAGCCAUACAGACAGAUAAACAGGCAGACACAGACAGACGGACGAACAGACAGACAGAGAUGACCAGACAGGCUGACAGGAAGAACAGACAGACGGACGGACGGACAGGCACACACAGACAGCCAUACAGACAGGAAAACUGACAGACAGUCAGACGCAGACAGACAGUAAAACAGUCAGAAAAACAGGCAGCCAUGCAGGAAAAUAGUCAGACAGACCUACAGACAGACCCAAAAACCACAGUACCGACAGCAGCAGUGCUGGCGGGAGGGGCGGUACUGUUUCCGUUUCGCCCAGAAGGCAGCACACUUUUAACCAGGCAUCCGCAGACGCCGCUGAAGCCGUCCGCUGUACUAGCAUUACGAUGCUCCCCCCCACCCCCGCCCUCCGCCCCCGCUGACAGUGUGAUUGUUCCGCUACGACAGCGUGAGGCCGACAGCGCGUUCAGCAUUCCGUUCGCCUGCAACCGUCGCCGGAAAAAAACGGCGUCCGCUAAAGCCACGCAGUUUCAAAUCGUUUUUAAAAAACGUUUUUAAGUCGUCGUUUUUCAUCCGAGACUUUUUGGAGCGGGGUCCGUUCCGCGCGAUUCACUCGCGGGCGUUACCGUCUCUUUAAAAAAAUAUCGGCUCGUUCAUUUACUGUGUGGUGUUACAGGCCAGUAAAGGAUAUGACCGACACACACACCAUUUACAUUACAGGCGUUCAGCGGACGCUCUUAUCCAGAGCGACUUACACAGCUUUUUACAGUACGUAGCAUUUACAUUGUAUCGAUUCAUACAGCUGCACAUACACACUGGAGCAGUGCAGGUCCUCCAGCAUGGGUGGAACGACAGUGUACACUGAACAAGGGAUUUAAGAGUAAAACGUCCAUUUUAUCGCUGUAUUUGUUUGUCAUGGACGGUCAGAGAAAAACAUUGCCUGGCAACCAGGUAGUCCCGGUAACGAAUGGCCCCUUACAUAAGCAGACUGAUUCUCAUACGACAACUGCAUUAAGGUUUUUUGUUUUUCUCCCCGCUCUCAAGUUUAAUUGACCCUUUUUGUCCUCCGUGGCCUUACGUCCGUUUGCCCUCUUCAGAGCCAAUCAGCAAUAAGCGCGCGCUCACAGCACAAGGACGCUGUGCGUAAACAAAGGGUCGCCAGGACGACGCCUGAUCCAAUAUGGAGGGUCUUCGGGCUUCAGUGUGUGGGUACCGCUGACCGGCACAGGGAGUCCUGUGGCAUAUUCACAGCCGGGCACAGCGGUGUUAUUUAAAGUUUAAUUAUUAAUGUGAAAUACGGGCAGUCCGUACGGCGUGUGUGCGACACAGAGACCUGUAACAGCACCGAUCCCACAGGCUGCAGGGCCCAUUACUUUGAUUUGUGCUCGGCGAUCACUGGCGGCCUAAAACCGUUGCGAUUCAAAGAUUGUGCUGACGUACACACAUGCCCGAAAUGAGAAAGAAGAGUGUGUGUGUGUGUGUGAGAGAGAGUGUGAAUUUGUCCUUGAAGUCCUGCUGCUCCACAGUCCCCCCCCCCCCCCCGGUUUCUUGGAACAGCUUUAAUGACUGGAGCGAUGCAGCGAGCAAGGGUGUCGGCCCUGCGCACUUCAGUAAGACACCACAGCUCAGUGGUCCCUGCGUGUGGACAAACAGCGCAGAGAGCUCACGAACCCUGGAAUGGGCGGAGCCGUCACGUGUCAUCGCCGACUCCCAGACUUACCUCAAAGUCAUUAUAUUUUGCUAAGGAGAACAGUGUUUUGAUUUGGUGCGCGCAGAUCGGUGGUAGACAAGAGAUGACGGCUCCACCCAUUAUUUUGGUGGUCCCUCAACCCCACAACCCCCCCCCCCCCCCCCAGUUCUGCCAGUUUUGGUUUGGUUAGCGUUGCUCAGCGUUCGCGUUUUGGGUCAGAGGCCGCGGGGCGGCGUCUUCGCCGGAUGGGCUUUUCGCCGCGCUCUCGUUUCCCCUCGCGGGACGCGUCCGUGCGGGGCCCGGAUUCCGCAAAUAGAACCCGCCCUUUAUUCGUCUCCCGGGCUGUCCCGUUCUCCGCUGCGAGCAAAAAAAAAGCUUUUUUUUUUCUUUCUCUUUUCUCUUUUAUUCUCAUUUUCUCCGCUUUCGUCGUUACGGUAACGGCGCGUUAGCAUGUGACAUCCGCCCAGGCUCCGAGGGCCAGAGUGAAAAAAAAAAAACGUGGGCAUAAAAAGACAUCACGAGAUUCACAACAUACCCCCCCCUACUCCCCACCCCCACCCCCACCCCCCAGGGAGGCCGGGUGACGGGGGGGGGGGGGGCAUCUGAGCCCCAUGGAGUCAUGCUGCUGAAACGCGGUUGCGGGCCAGACACGUGUUAGCGCCCCUGCUAGGGGAGGCUAAUCGAUUAGCGAGAGGAGGGAGUCACUUCAGCGCGUCGACUCUCACUGUGUUACACGCAUUACUAUGCAGCAGCAGCUCAAUGUGAAGCCAGCUUCAGAGAAGUUUGCACUGUAGUAGCAGUACUUUUUGGUUUGUUUUGUUUUCUUCAUAUUCAGGAAGUCAUUAAGUAGCCCCCGAGAUAAUUACUGUGCAUUUCAUAUUUGAAAAAUGCACGCACACACACACACACACACACACACACACACAUAUAAAUGGAGAAAUGGAAUACACUGCAAUAUACAGCAAAUACAUAUGUGGACUUUUUGGAAAAUAUACACUACAAAAUACAAAAAUAUGCAUCAAUAAUAAUAACUGUAUAUUUUCAUUUGCCCACAUACAAUUACACAACAUCUACAUAAUAUUCUUUAUAUUAAAUAUGUGUAGUAUAUUCCAUUUCCAUAAGGGUACACAUAAGCACACACACAAGCACACACACAUUUUAAGGAAAAGCCCACCCCAUUUUUAAAAUGUCGGCACUCCCUGACAAAGAUCACGUCACUUUGCGGAACUGUGUUGGGAACCGCAGACUGACUGUAAUACUUUAGCACACAGCUACCAGGGCACCUGACCAACACUGUCCUCCAUGUGAAUUAGUGUAACCCCCCACAGCAGGGCCCAAAUCCAGCCCCUCCCCCAUUGGGACGAGCACCGAAACCACACCCUUAAAAAAAAGAGCAAUACACGUCUAAAUAUAUAAUCCAAAACAUAAAAGCACAUUUUGCUUGUUCAUCAAAAUACACAAAUCGUUAUUUCCAAGUCAUUUUGUGCGUGUAAAUUUAUGAAAUGAAAAUCUACAAAAAUGCUUGUACAUAAAAAAAAUGGUCAUAAUUUGUCCUUUUCAGCAUUUUGACAAGACGUGCAAUAUAUUCAAAUUUCAAUGUAUUUUUAAAAUCCAUAUUUUUUACCAUUCUAUUGACAUAAAGAGCUACAGUGAUAUUCUUUCCUGUGUAAGAAAAAAAGCAGAUGACAGAGGGUUAUAUAUUUAAGGUCUCGGAUUGAUUGAAACCGUCUCAUCUGACAGAAUCAGCCUGUCCGAGGGCCAGUCCUGCUGGGUUAAAUUUCUCUACAGUUCUCUGUAACGACUGUCUGUGUGAGACAUUGUUCAUCCUCUGUGGAGGAUCAUGACUAUAAUUACUGGAGGUACACGUCUGAAAAAUGUAUAAACUUAGGGGGUCUCACAAAUGCAGCGUCAUAAUUUGUUGACCAUGAACGAAGAAAAUAAGCUUUUUUUUAAAAAAAUAAAAUGAAAAAUCUUUUCACUGACAUUGAUACUUGAAAACAGAACCACACUGGCAAAAAUUGUAAGAAAAACUGUGAAAACGAACAAAUGUUCCAAAAUGAGGGGAAAAUGUUUUUUUGACGAAUAAAGAAAACAUGCAAACGCAAA